AAAAAUUUCAAAACAUGAAACCGUUAUUUAUAUGUUAUGUUAUUUUUCCUAAAUAAAGGUUCCUUUUUCCUUUUAAUUAAAUUUUCAGGAAUAAAAUGGAUUUAAUGGAUCUUGAGGAUAAUGAGUUGCUUUCCAAAAACCAUUUGGCCGAAUUGAAUAGCAAAUUUGAAAAGGAAUUGCAGAAACUCAUUGGUGAAAAACUAAAAACGACAUCAGAUAUUCGCGAUGACUUACCCCAAAACGACGUGGUUCUUAAUGCAGAUUUCCUUAGGAAAGCCCAUGAACAUUCAAAGCUUAAAAAAGAGCAGCACUUUAGAAACCGACAGAUCAUCAAGGAAUGCAAGAAACUGAUCUCUGAUGUGGAGAAAAGUGAUAAGAAGAUUCAAUUUGUUAAUGAAAGGCUGGAAACUUUAGAAAAAGAUUUAACUCUAAACAAACAAGAACUAAAUAAAAUGGCCAGUAAUUUUAAGAAAGCUAUUCAAAAAUACACUUCCACAUUAAAUUGGGUGUUUGAAGUACGAGAGAGCGAAAACCCAAAAGAGUUGCAUGUCACCUCAAAUUUUAUCGGGAAAAAUAAACCAGUGCUCUUUGUGAUCGAUAGGGAACAGAGGCAUGUAAUCGAUUGGAGUUUAGUGGAUGAUUGUGGUAAAGUGGAGCGGUCCAGUGAUUAUAAAACAGUUCUGAAAGAAAUUAUGCUUUCGGCUUCAAAGUAAAAUUUUGACAAUUUGUAAUUUUUUUUUUGUUUAAUUAAUUGUAAAUAUUCAAUUUAGGUUAGUGAUUUAAUAAGUAAAUAUAUAAAACAGUGUUA